AUGACUGCAUUGAGUUGGACAUCUGGCGAAGGCCAUGUGGAAGUUGUGCGCUUGCUGCUCCAAGCCGGGGCUGCCCCUGAACUGGAAAGUGAUGUUGGCCUUACAGCUGCUAUGUGCGCAUCCAUGCGGGGCCACUCGGAUAUCGCAGGGCUGCUUCUUGAUGUUUGCAAUGGGCCCCAUUAUGCUCCGAUGAAGACAGACGCAAUUGCUGCCGCAUCUAUCAUGGGCCAAACUCAGACCCUACAGUUCUUAAUGGAUGCGGGAGCAGGAACGGACGUGUCAGACGACGGAAGAUGUGUCGCCGUCAUCUGCACUUCAGCGAAGGGUGAUGUGGACACACUCCAAACACUCUUGCAGGCAGGGAUUGGCACAGACCACCAUUACCCUGUCACUGCUGAUGCCUUGGCAUUGUUGAGUGCUGCUGAGCGAGGCCACGUAGCGUCGGCUCGAGUCUUGUUGGAGAAUGGAUUUCCGAUGCACGCUGGCCCUGCUGGGAUUCAAGCCCUCGUCUCUGCAGCGGUCAAUGGUCAUGCAGAAAUGGUAGUCCUACUCCUGCAGUCUCAGGCUGGCAAAGAUGUUUUUAAUGAACGUGGCAGACUUGCCAUCGCGUGCAUUUGCGCAGCAAGUCAAUCUCGCCGAGACCUUGUGGUACGCCUGGUUGAGUCGCACCGCGUCUUUCGUCAAGAUAUGGUGUGGGUCGGCGACGAGCCG